UUUCCCCGAAUCUGAUCAACAUUUCACUCAUUCUUUCUUUGAGAAAAGUCUCGAGGUGUUGAAGUAUUUUGGGUUUUAUUAAUUUGUUGAAUUAGUUGUGCAGCAAAAAUGGAAAGGUCACUGAAUUAUGGGGGUACUGAUGAUCUAAUUCUCGAGGCAACUGAGCUGAGAUUAGGAUUGCCCGGGAGUGAUGGGCAUGAGAAACAAUCACCUGCUACUGCUAAUCAUGUGAUGAGGAAUAACAAGAGAGCUGCACCACAAGGAAUGAGCGAGGAGCCAAGGUUUAAGAGAAUUUCCAACGAGUCUGAUAUUGCUAGCAAUGGUGACCCAGAUUGUGAGCCUCCAGCCAAGGCACAAGUAGUGGGGUGGCCACCAAUUCGUUCUUACAGGAGAAACAGUUUCCAACAAAAGAAGAGUACUGAUCAGGAUGAUGGUGCGGGGAUGUACGUGAAAGUAAGCAUGGAUGGAGCUCCAUAUCUAAGGAAGGUUGAUCUCAAGUUUUACAAGAGCUACCCAGAUCUCCUCAAGGCUUUGGAAAACAUGUUCAAGUUCGCCGUAGGUGAAUAUUCAGAAAGGGAAGGGUACAAUGGAUCUGACUUUGCCCCGACUUAUGAAGACAAAGAUGGUGACUGGAUGCUGGUUGGAGAUGUUCCAUGGGAUAUGUUCGUUUCCUCCUGUAAGAGGCUCAGAAUCAUGAAAGGAUCAGAAGCUAGAGGCUUGGGUUGUCUGUGAAAACCUGCAAAAGAACAACUACACAGAAAACAAAGUCGUGGCUGCACCUUUGACAUGGAAUCUUUAAGCAUGGGUUCUGCAAAAAGACACAUAUUUGUCAGAUUCUAUAAUUUUCUUUGUUCUUUUUUUUUUUUUUUUUUAAAUACUCGAUGUUGAUUUCAGCCUCUGGGUUUUUAGCCCAUUAAUAUUGUUAGUUCUUGUAAACGGAUACUUGCUAGCAUCAAAGCUAGGAAAAAUGAAAAAAAGACAAAAGACAAGAAAAAGGAAGACAAAAUACAGCAAUUAAGACCCAAAUGUACAGAGGAUAAAAUGUUUCGUUUUGUCCCAAGAUCUGCUCAGGUUUUAGUAGGAUUACAGAAGGCAAAAAAUACAACAAUUUUCUUUAAAUUUUGCGUGUGCGAGUGGACAUUGAAAGAAA